AUGCAGUUUCAUUAUCAUUGUCAUAGCUCCAGCUACUUAGCAUUCAUUUUAUUAUUGUAAAUAAGUUUUACCGUAUGUAAUGUAAACAGUUCCAUAUUAGUCGAUGGUGUUAAAAUAAAAUAUGUUUGACUGUUGUUUGUGCAUGAAUGUUUAAUACAAACGUGUAAAGACUGGAUUUAACUUUUAAACAGAAUUUAUGCGCUUUAUAGUUAUAUAUUUUACAAAUAACCAGUUUAAAUUGUUGAAAUGUAAUACACUAAAAUAAAUGAAAUUGUAAAGAACUUGUACCAAAUCUUGGAAUUACUUCUGCUAUGUUCGCUGCGUUUACCUCAAAAAUUUCUUCGGUAAUGUCAAGGCAGUUGGCAGCUCUGGUGAUUGUGUUGUGCGUGUGUUUUUCAAACUGUUGCUUGUUGUGUCCUCGUAGUGAAACUAUAUAGGUCCUCAGAAAUUUUACCUAGAACUUUGUUGUUGGCCACUAAGUUUAGAAGAUAAUCAUCGAAUGGAUUGCACGAAAGGCUUGAAACUGAAAGAAGUAAGCGUUUUGUUGCGAGACGAUUUUAACGCAGGACCAACUACACUUAAUGAAAUAGAGCCGAAAUUAUGGAUUGGAAACCUUACAGCAGCAACUGAUUUAGAAGCUCUGGAAAAAUAUAAAAUAAAUCACAUACUGACUGUUGAUUCUUGUCCUCUUCCCAAGAACAUUGUCAUGGGUCCAGGAAUCAAAACAAAAUUUAUUCAAGUUACAGACAACCCCCGUGAAGAUCUUUUGAGUUAUUUUGAGGAUACAUUUGAAUUUAUCAAGGCUGGACAAGAGGAUGGUGCAGUACUUGUUCAUUGCUACUUUGGAAUGUCUCGAAGCCCAGCAGUUGUGAUUGCUUAUAUGAUGAAGAAGUACUGCCUCUCCUAUGAUGAUGCAUUUGAAAUAGUGAAAAGUAAGAGAAAUGUAACAAUGCCGAAUCAAGGAUUUCAGCUUCAGCUGCAACUUUAUCAUGUUAUGGGGUGGAAAAUUGAUAAAAAGAAUCUACAAUUUCGUCUUUUCAGACUACAGAUAGCAGCUGAAAAUGUAAAGAAAGUCAAGAUAUUGCCGAAAAGCUGUGCAGAUGUUGUGAAGCCAGAUCCGGGUUUAAUCACCGUAAGACCUGAGCCUCUGGUCUAUUGUUGCCGUAAAUGUAGGAGAAUUGUGGCAAGUGCAUCGAACUUGUUGCCACAUAUUGCAAAGGAGAAACCAUUGUGGACUGAUAAUAAAUGGAGCUUGCCAAACGAGCUUGAUGUCUGCACAUUAACUUACUUUGUGGAGCCAUUAGCCUGGAUGAAAGUAGUCACCAACUCCCAGCAAGGGAAGCUGUACUGCCCAAAGUGUAAUGCAAAGCUGGGUUCCUUCAGCUGGACAAUGGGUUGUCAGUGUCCCUGUGGAUCCAAAAUUUCGCCAGCAUUUUACUUCGUACCAUCUAAGGUAGAAUGGAGUAAUAUUGUACAAAAUGUUCAGGUAACAGUGUGAAUGAAGACUGAAAACUAAUCUUGAAAUCUUUUCAGUGAUAUUCAGUACAAAAGUAUACAUAUAUUGAUAUAUUAUGUGUGUCAAUGUUAAUAUUUAUGUUCAAGAAAUUAUUUGUUGUGAUAGUCUAAAAUAAAUAUAUACAGAAUAAGUGACGUCUGUGUCCGUGUAUUGUAAGUCUAAGUAUUGGAAAGAUAUGCAGCAUCCAUUAAAUAGCUAUUGAAAGGUGGACAUAACUUUGGUGUUCAUACCUUUUUACCAAAUGUAUAAGGCAAUCGUAAGAAAGGCAUCAUAUAGAAGUGUUGCAUAACACAUAAUAGCUAAUGGAAGGGCAUAUGUAUUUCAGAAUAUGCGUGCUCCAUUCUUUAUGGUAGUGAUCUAUUCUUUCUCUGAUGACAUCAGUAUUGAUGUGGUUUUAAUUAAUAGGAUUAACAAACCAAUGAGAAGGUAUUAUAAUCAUCUUGUUAGAAACCGGUCCUAGUGACUGCAUAAUAGAGAUCUAUGUGAAUUUCUCUAUGCUGUUGUUUGAUAAGUGUUUUCACUUUUAUGAGCAUAACAUUUGCCAUUCUUAUUUUUUCAAAGUGUAAUUUUUAUUUUGUAUAAAUUACAUGUAAUCUGUUGUUGCAUAUUUUGUGACAGCAGAUUUUUUUUUAAAUUUUUUUUUUACGGUGUACCUGAUUUGUGUUGUAUAAAACCCACAUUUUUUAGAAACUUUGCUUUUGUCAGCAUUUUUUUUCUGUAGUUGGCCUCUGUAGCUGUGAGCAAGUUGUAAUUAGUGUGAGUAUAAUCUCACUGACUGUACCAAAGAGAUGACAUUAGUUGUUAAUUAUAUGUAAGAAAUAAGUUUCAGUAUCACUUCUUCGAGGAGUUAUACUGUGGUAAAUUUUAAGUUAUUCAACACUUGUAAUCAUUCUACAUUUUUAUUAUUUAUUUAGAAUGGCAGACUUAAACUUAAUCUUUAAAUAGCAGUCUCCUAUUUGUGACUACUGUUACUGACCUGCAUAAUAUUUUUUAUUUCUCUCUUGUUCUAUCUCAUGUGUAAACAAAUGGUUGUUAGUUGAUUCAAGGUGUGUAUGUCAUUUCUGUAGUGUUCCUGCACGUAAUAUCUAUCUCACUUUAUCCCUAAAUAGCUUUACAGAUUACUUUUCAGUAGUAUGAGGCAGAUAUCAUUGGCCUUUUCUUUGUUUAACUACACAUGUUUGAUCUAAUGCAAUCUACUUGAUUCAGUUUUCUAUGUCUCUAUUUUAUGAGUGGUUUGUUGAUAUGUAGGUAUAAAUUUAAGUUCUAAAAUUCUUGUAUUUGUACAUUUUGGCUUUUAUUUAAUCCUUGUGACUCAAGUGGAUAAUUUGUCGUCGUCAGUAUUACAAAAGCAUUUAUUUGAUGUGAUUGCAGAAGCAUGAUUCCAUUUAGUACAAAGAAAGAAAUACUGAGCAGUUUAUUCAUGUCUGUCUUGAGUUAUUACAUGUUAUUAGAAACACUUGUUUCAUCUGAUACUAAUUCCUUACAGAAACAUUUGAACACACUUAUUCCCUGUCAGACAUAUACAUAUCUCCAUUGAUAUCUUUGUCCAACUCUCCUUCAGGUUUUUUGCUUUUUUGCAGUUUCUCAAAGUAGUUAUUGUACUCACUGGAUAAAAUAUAUUGUUGUAAAGCUGCUAUAUUUUUCAAUUUAGCUUCAAUUUUUCUCUAGCCGUUGUACUGCUUUGAAAAUUGAGAUGAUCACAGGCAUCCUAUUUGUCCUCCAUGACAAAGAUUUCCUGUUACUUCUCCCCCACUGUAAUGAUGCUUUACCUUAAGUUCCAGAACAUCAGGCUUUGUGAUGAUAAAGGUUACAGCAUCCUUAAACUUUGUAGAAUUUACUUCUUCAUUUUUGAUGUGGAAUGUGAAUUUUUUCCUUAGGUUUUUGAGCAGUACAAAAUCUGUUUGAUGCGUCUGUGUAGCUGCAGAAUGUUUCUUGUGUCUGGCCAUUUUUAAAAUUUCCAGCCACUCUUUAGGAGAGAACACAAACUGUACAUGUCUUGUAACAUAAGCUUCCACUUGCCCUAAAUGUCGGUCAGAAGAUAGCAUUGUGUGGCCUGGGAUGGGAAAGUGAUAUUCUGUUGUUUCAAAACACCCACUUGCAACCAAGUAACUUCAGAAUGCAACAAGCCCAAUGGCUCAAAGUGUUUCUUCAGGAGCUUACUCUCUCCUCUGACCUAUUCAAGCAGUGGAGUCACCCCAGAGGUAAAAGUAGCCUGUUCCAUUUUUGCAGUUGUGUAUGUUGAGAUCAUACCCCCAAAUCUAUCUUGAAUAGAAUGCUGGUCCAGUACUCAAUUUCAGAAUAGGAAAAGCUUUUUGUAAGUCAGAUGUUAACAUGACUGUAUCUGUAUCAUCCUUAGCAAAUUUUCUGAAUUUCUUAUAAUUUAUAUCCUGGCUUUUGCCUUCCUUUAGUGAUAUUCUUACUCUUUAAGCACUUUCUUCAAUGCAACGGAAUCCUGGAUCAAUCUGCAUUCCCUAAUUUUGAGAUGAAAUGAAUUGCAUUCUUUGCAAGUGUCACUUUUGGGAUGUUUGAAACAGAUAUUAAGUGAUUGAUAUAUUUUUCUGUAUUUGUUCAUUGAGACUGGAUUAAUGUCUCUCACUCUGCAAAAAUUGUUUUGGUAGCCAUCAUUAAUAUUGCUCAUUGCAAAUUCAUGGCCAGUGUAUAUCUUGUCAACAUUGUGCCAUUGAAAUGUCAGAAUUUUGUUGUUAUGCUGAAGCACAAAAUCUUUGUGCACCUCUGUGAACAUGUUCUUCCUUCUUUUAUCUAGUGCAGUGGGCUCAUUCCUUUUCAUAUAUUUUUAGCCAAAUUCUCUGCUGUUCGCCUGGUUCCUGAAGCCCAUGUGUAUUAAGAAAUGCUGUGUUGCGUACCUUUGUUGCUCUAGAACCUUUCGAAACAGUAUAUUGGAUACUAUUGCUUCACCUGCUGCUUUCACCCUUUGAGUAUAUCUAUAUUUUACAGAUGUCACUGACAAUCGACCAUAGACAUAAGCAUUUAGGAGAUCAUAAUUACCCGUUGCCAGAAUUCUGUAAAUAAUAUACCUCUGAUUUCUGUACCCACCACUUCAAAACAUUUUAGUUUAUGAUUACAGUUUUCCCAUUAAUCUUUUCUCAUGAAGGUGCUGCCUAGUGUAUCGAUACUCCCUUCCUGUAAUGAAACAGAUGCCAAAUAUUAUUUAAAAACCUAAAUGUAUAUAUUAAUUUGAAAAGGUAUUUGCCAAUACAAAUUUUUAUUGUUACUGUUACAUCUAGUAUGUUUGUAAGGCAUACAAUUCUAAGAUCAUCAUAUUUUACCACUGUUGCAUAAGCUUUUGUUUAUUUUCCUCCAUUCAAUUUCAUUCUCUUGCUUGCUGUGCCAUUUAAGGUGCCGUUUGUGUUCCACCAAUUUCCCUGUAUUGUAUUCAGUACUCGUACAUUUCAUUUGUAGUACCUCAGAAACGUGGAGAAGUGUGUUACGCAGAUAUUAAUAUCCCAGCAAUGUGCCAAAUUACGUAGCUAACUCACUGGCAAGACUUGGUAACCCACACAAUUGUUGUGCAUAUACUUAGCAAAACAUAAUUUCUGUCAUAUCUAGAACUAAAGUUCAUCACUAAGCACUGAUUAAUAUACUGUUUUUCUUAUGAAUUGAAAAAAACAUGUCUUUGGAAAGAAAUGAGAUUUUCUGGAACAAAAAACAUCCCACAUUAUUUACAACAAAGAAAACAAUUGGCACUUAAUUCUCCUGUAUCACUGGUUUCUGAGUCAUCUUCGCUACAAGCAUUGUAUUCACUUCCUGAGUCCUCAGCCAACACAUCACUAGUGUUCAAAUCUUCCUGAUGAAACAGGAAACUGUUUAUUCCUGCUUCUUCUUCCAGAAGUAGCACAUAUUUCACUCAUAGUAUCCACCUUUAUUUUUGCAUUACCAGCUUCUGCUUUCAGAAUUAGACAGCUGUGGACUAGCAAAACUGAUGUAGUGCGACAUGAAUUGGCAAUAGGGAUAACUGUUUAAAGACUAAAGGGGAAAAGUAACAAAGUGUAUAGAUGCCAUUACAGCCCUGAAACUUGUAAUGCAUUACCAUAUUCCUGCCCACAACCCAUGAAUUAUUGUAUCUCAUUUCAUUUUUAGAACAGGUGAUUUAGUCAUGGCUUUUUAGUUAGAUGUGUCAAUGUGUGGAAACACCUUGCAAUAAACUGUGCCACAUGAAAGAUAUAAGACAGAUCAAGCUAAACAUGCCAGUGUCAGUACAGAGUUGCAAUUCCCUCUUAGUUACUCACUAUGUGACACAAAAUAUGAAGAACUGGUUUAACAUCGCUUUAGCUAUGGCUUGUAUGUGGUACUCAGAAUGUAUCAAUCCUCAUUUGAUCACAUGAAGUAUUGGAAAUACCACUUAAGAUGUAUGAGCUGGCUCGAAACUGGGCUACCAUUUUCUGGGAGGCCUUUGCAGCUAUUGUGGUUGAUUCCUGUGGAUGUGUUGUGUUAGGGUAUCCCUCAAUUGGGCAAUGUGUGUGUAGUUCCUACCAGAUUAUUUCAGAUGAUGAUGGUAGUGUGAAAUGAGUGGAUAUCGCUUGCUCACUAAAUAAUUCUUUCAGAUGGCUGUUGGCAUACAUUUGUAGCAUUUUGUCUUCAGACAACUGUGUGAGAAAGUAUUGUGUAAUGUCAGUGAAAUUUCAAAAAAGAUAGAGCAGGUGACACAUUAUCAGCUUAUUACCACCCACACAGUUUGUUUUAGUGCAGAGGAGUCUCGUGUGGUGUCCCACUAAAUGCAGUGUUCGCAGUUCAGUAGGUAAGAGGCUAAUUAGGGGCAGUAUUGAUACAUACAUCUUUAGUGGAAUGAUGUUGAUAGUGCUCACGAUGAAGUAUGAUGGGAACACAAAAGUUGUGUUGCAGCCGGUUUUAAGUGGUGGUGAGAGAGCAGAAAACAUGGCGUGUUUCAUAGCAAUGAGCAGAGGCAGUUAUGGUACAUUCACAUAUCAAUAUAAAGAGAAAGUGUGCAAUUUAUUUGAGUAAACAGUGCUGAUAAUCACAAAGAUCACUUCCAUUGCAUUAAAAAUAAAUCUGUGAUACGUGAUAUGUAGCUGAAAUGACAAUAAAAUGUAAUGUGAAAUUGUGUAAUGUGAUCACUGUCUUUUGAACAGCUACGUGAACUUGCCCCCCACCCACCCUCCCACCCCCACAAUGAGCACAACCCAACGAAGCAAUUGCAAAAUUCUCUUUCAGCACGUCCGAGUAUAAGUCGUCGUCUCUUUUUGCUACUUCUGACAAACUCUGACUCUUCAAUAUCUGCAACAACUCCCUCUUCACUAAGUUUAUCACUGUGUUGGAGCCAAGCCUCAGUACAGAUGUUUAUAUGAAACUGUCUCCAAUAAACUGUGGUUUCUGUGACCAUUUGAGUUCAUGGCAUAUAAAUUCAUUUGUGACUUUUACACUUAUAAGUAGGAACCCGAAAACAUAGUAGCUAUUUUUGUCAAAAUUCGCAUCAAUUUUCUUUGUUUGUAAAUGAUUAGAUGCACAAAUUUAAAAGUUUGUCACACUACAUGAGUGAAGACAAAUUAUCAGUUCUCUGAAAGUGGCUUAGAAAAAGUGCUGAUAGGGAACUGUUUAACUGGAAUUUUUGCUUUUGCAAAAACUUCAACAUCUUUUUCUUCUGAAAUGGCUUUUGUUUUCUUUGUUUGGCUGUAUUUAAGCUUUCAGAAUUGAUUGUUCUGUUGAAAAGCAGCAGCAUAAGUAACAUUGCAUCAAUAAUCUAUUAUAAGCAUUUGUAAAAUGGGGGUAAUACAGUGUGAAAGAUUUACACAAUUGCAACAAGAACUAAAAACUGUGCCACACCUGUAAAACACCAUGUAGUAACAUUCAGAGAUGAACUGGUGUUAAAAACUGUCAUAAAAAUAAGAUGAUGACCACACCUUUGUUCAUAUGAGAGUAAUCCAGCUAACACAUGAAACACUCAUCUUUACAUUAUAUGUACUUGCUUUACAUUAUAUGUACUUGUUGUUAUUGGAAAUGAAAUGAAACCAGCCGUGUCCGACUGACAAGAUGUUCCCAUUAUGAGAAUACCUGAACUGUGCAAGGACUUGUGCUGGCCUGACAGAAAUAAUCAACAAGACUUGACAGGUGAUGUCCGACUACAUGCAUUUACAUAGUGUGAGAUGAACAAGUAAUGAAUUUUAACAUAAAUACAAGAGAACAUACUGACUGAUUAAUUAGAGUAAAAUUAAGUAUAGUAAAACAUGACUAGAAAUUGAAUCCAUAUUAAAUAAAAUGAAAGCUAUACAUAAAAUGUAAAACCCCCACUUGUUCUAUAGCUACACAUAACAGGAUUUACAAGUAUUACUCUCUAAACAUAUUCUACUGAAACACAAAACCAUCAAUCAAAGUGAGAUGAUAAUUGAUGAUGAAGGGCGCCACCUCACAUAAAGCAUAAGUGGUUCCACUGUAAGAAUUGUGUGCAGGUGUGGGUAGAUGAUGGGCAGCAGCAGUGCACUCACAGUGCAAGAGCUGGAAGAAGUGUGAUCACAAAUCAGAUGAAUCAUUAAUUAAUUCUAUGUUUCUGUGGGGGAAGAAGUGGGGCAAAAAUGAAUCUGUCUGUCUGAACUCCUUUUGUUCAUUCAAGAUCUUAUCAAUGACCUUCCUCAUACAAGAAUAAAUCCCCAAUUUCCCUAUGUGCAUCCCAAAAUCUGUUCUAUUUUGAGAAUAAGUACGUUUCCUGAAGCGUACACAACCAAAAUUAGUUAUCAUGUUUUAAUUGUCUAAUGUAAAUUGCAUUCUAGUCAGUAAAAGUCUUUGUAUUGAAAAAAUUAAAUUUGAAUUAUUUACAUUAAGACCACUGUCUCCUAUCCUGAUAAUGUCAGACUUCACUCCUGUUUGUUUGUUAUUUAGUGGAUAUUUCGAUAAUAUGUAAUCUGUAAGCUGUGUCUGUAUUUUGGGAAAGUGAAUUUAAAUCACUGGAUUUGUAAUUUUUUGUGACGGAUUUGGAUUUGACAUUCUAAGCAAAUUUGUAUUCACAGUGUUUUCUUCCUGAUUUCAGUCUCUGUAUUCAGACGAAUUCCUAUACUAAUUAGUCCACCGUAACAGUUUUCUGUGGAGAUGAUAUUACAUUGGUCAACGUUUCUGGUAACUGCAUAGGUGUUUUUGUACCUUUCAUUCCCGCAUUAUUUUGUCACUUUUGGACCAAAUUCUAUGGAAAUCGCUCAAUUCUAUUAGUUUCCUGUGGAGGAGUGCCCUGCACAAUUAAGAGUUAUCUCUGUUUUGUGAAUGAGAGAUAUCUCCUCAAGAGCCCUUUUACCACAUUUGUUUAGAUGCAUCCCAUGCUACGCGAAAUAGUUCCUUUCAUAAUUUCUAAUGCCAAGCAAUGUAACAUUUACAAAUUUUGCACAAAGGAUUUUCAGAUUAAUGUAAUUUCAUUGUUUACACUCGACCAGUCUGGUAGAUCAUACACUGGAGGCAAAGUUGUUACAAUUAAAUUGGUGAAAUCUAGGCAUUGGCUACAUUUUUGAUAUUCCAUUAAUAGCGGUAGUGCGAUCCUCGAGUGUUGUUGCUCUUCAGAUUUGUCAUAUUUUCACUGCCUUGCUAGAAAGCCAGCGAAAUGCACCAACACUUCAGAUAACUAUCGAAUUGGUAGUUAUUGAAAAACCUCUGUCUCCUGAAGUACUGUUCAGCAAACGUUCCUAUGUAUGGACCUCCACAGUAGCCAUCAGGUUCAUGCACCCAUGCCAACUGCUAUUCAUCAGCGAUGAAGGCUAGAAUUUGCACACCAGUACCCCAUGGUUUAUCUGGGUGGUCAAAUAUUCAACAGUUGCAUGUCUUGUUCACCCACACACGUCUCCACAGCCAUUGUUCACCCCAUCAUCUGUGGCUCAUCAGGCACUGCAUGUGUCUCAGUACCCAUUUGAAUUGGCGCCAUUUGCCACGCACGGUUUACAGAAAUUUAACAAGGCCGUAUAUGAACAGUUUACAAACUUAGCCAUUUGAGAAAUGCUUACAGCUGUGCCCUGAAAGCCAAUGAUCAUGCCCUUUUGGGUUUUGGAUAAACUGCUUUGUUUCCACAUUAUGACACCUACUGCUCUGUUUUUCAUAUCACCCUCCACUACGUUUUAUCUACCCUUCUCUUCUAGUGCUGCCACUGGCCGUCUGUGCGUGAUUACUGCAUGUUGAUGUCAAACAUAAGUGAUGAUCGGAUUAAUGUUAGUGGACUUGCUAGAAUUCAUAUUAUGUGUUUGAAGUAUUCACUCUUGAUGGCAGUAAACUAUUGACAGUAUUUUGAUUGUGCCAUUAUUAGCUGCAAAUGUAUUAUAUCUGAUGUAUUGUAAUUCAGAGUAAUGAUCCUCACCAGAUCAGGUCAUAAUUCACAGUUCUUGCGUCAACCUAUUUGGCUGUAUCCCUGUCAUGUGCUUAUGACAACAGUCUGUAGAACAUACAUAUUGCUAUAUGUGGGAAUGACAGCAGCUUUCCAGCUUUUUGAGAAGGUGUAAUUGUGUUUACUUAGUGCACUCAACAUUCAGGUUUUUAGUGAGAGAAGUUAAUGUAAGCUCUCUGAAACGUCAUUGACUCCAGUUAGCCUUAAUGCUCAAUGUGAUCAAAUGAGGGUACUUAAGCCAGCUUUUCUUCUGUCUUCUUUGUAUAUACCGGCAAUUUCCAUGCUCAAGUUACAGCUUGCAAUUCCUGACAGUGAAUAGGAAUGUAUGGAGACUACCAUGUGACCCUCACUUUCAAAAAUUACAUAAAAAUUAUUGAGGUUAAUCAAAUUCACACACAGCCUAUAAUGACAGCCAGAUGAACAAAUAAGUGAGAGUGAAGAAGACAGAAGACUUACUUCAAUACAAAAUACUCAACUGACACUUACUGAGGUAUGUUUUAGCAACUGUUAACCUGGAAGCCAGUAUUGGAUAAUAUAAAUAAGUCAAUGUUUGUUAAAAGUUUCUGUGAAAAUAGACUGUAGAGAAACUAUUUCAGUGUAGUCACUGUUGAAAUAAUUUCAGUCUCUGUUUGUUGCUGCAUAUCUUUCUUGCCAUUCAGUAAUUUGUCAUUGGUCCAUAGAGUAUGCAUUUCUGUUUUCAAGAAUAAUAUUAGUAAGAUAAUAUUAUUGUGUAAAUUUUUGGUGGAAGCUGACACCAUAUAGAUUUUUGUGUUACUUAAAAGUGAAUAUAGGAAAGGAUAGAUUGAUUUCUAGAGUAAAGAUAAAUUUGUUUUUUGGCGAGUUAUAUGUCACAAUAAAUUGUAAGAAAAUGGUGUAGCUGGGAUGAAUAAUUUGCAGUCAUUGGUCCCAAGAAAGAUGCAGACUGUGAGAGAGGAUAGAAUUCAAGCAGUGGAACUAAGUUAAUGGUAAAUUUGUUUUUCAGUUGUGGUAUUUGUUUUAAGUUUAUGUAUAUUGAAUGUAACUUCAAAAGUGAAUAUAUUUCAUUAGAGUAGCUUUUCCAUAUCUGAGCAACUUCAAAAAUAUUUUUAUAGAACAUAAAUCUUCUUGUUUGUGCAACAGAAUGUUAUUUUUUGCUGUUUUAUGAAGGCAACGCUGCCUUCGGAUUAAAUGUCAAUUUUUUGAUGUUGUCAUAUUUAUGCAAAAGACAUUUUCAGCUGUGUCAUUUCUAUACCAUUUAUCAUCUCAUAUAAUUAGUUAUAGUUGGCUGCAUAUAUGUAAAUUUUUUAAGAUUUGAACGAAUUUUGUAUUAUAUAGAAGAAAGCAGCCUGACAACCUAUUUCAGGACGACCCAUGUAGUAACUGAGAACGGAAAAAGUAUGCAGUGAUGUUUAUUUAUUACAUAAUUAAAAGUAACUGUAAAUGUGAAAAUGAAAAACAUAAUGACAAUGGAUAGGUAUUUAGGUACCUGUGCUUUCAACAGCCAAUAUUUUCUGCUGAUGUAGUUUCAUAACAUCAAGUUGUCAUUGCAAAUAUACACUAACAUUAACUGAAAUUUUAUCUCCAGAUGUAGGAGCCAUAAUUUCAGGAUAUUUGACAUCAAAAAUUACUGGUCUGUUUAUUUUCAUUUGUGUUAGGAAGUUAUUAAUCUCUAUUGGGAACAACGCACAAAAACCACUUCACAGAGGAAUUACAAACAUGCAAAAACCAUUAUUUCUGCAACAAGUGACAUUUUUUAUGUAAAGAAGAGUAAUUGGUAUACUAUUCACUUCUUUUUAUUUUAGACACAGUCUCAUAAUAUGAUAGCCUAAUCAUCUUAAGCCAUACGUUGACAGUAUUCUGCUUCCCCAGUUGCCGAAAGAAGGGGCUCAGUGGUAAUACAUCCAGCAAUGCAUAUUCAGGUCUUACGUGAUUUUGUAACUUAAGGUGGAUGCUGGGGUGGUUCUUUUGUUAAGGCACAACUAGUUUCCUUUCCCAAGGCAAGCUUUAGCUCUGUAUCUAUUGAACUCAUUGUCAACAUAAUGUUAAACACCAAGCAGGACGGUGCAGUGUUUAGCACCCUUGACUUGCAUUCAAGAUGAUGAUGGGUCAAAUCCUCAUCCAACGAACCAGAUUUAGCUUCUCGAUGAUUUCCCUUUCUUUCCCAAUCCUUAAGUAAGCCGAGCUUCUGCUCAGUCUCUAAUUACCACACUGUUGACACAAUGUUAAACUUAAAUCUUUCAUCCUUCUUACAUUCAUAGUGUUAAAUAUAAUUGGUGACAUGUCUCGGGAAACUGUGAUGUCUGUUGGUAUAAUGGAUCACUGUUUUUCUUAAUUUAAUGAUGACCAGUUUUGAUCUGACUAGCUGACCAUCUACAGAUCUGAUACUCCAAGGUGCUGUUUGCCAGUAAUUCGAAGAAUGUUAAACACGCAUCAUGCUUCUUUCCUUCUUCAAAUUCUCCAUUUCAUAUGUCAUCAUCUCCAAAUAUUCCACAUGUGUAGCAAUGGUCGGCACUAGUAAAGAACUAACAGCCUCAACAGCGUAGAUUUAGGUUUUCCAUGAUUUCCCUAAGUCACUUUUGGAAGAAGACAGUUUGGCCUGUAUCUGAUUAUUAUUAACCCUCAACAUAUUUUUUUUUACAUACAAUGUACUACCUGGUAAAGAGAACUGGUUAGCAGGCCAAGGUGGCAGCACCGUUGUGAUUACAUCAGAGAAAUAGGGAACGGAGUUAGUAACAGUGUACAUUCAGGUGCUCUUUUACAUGGACGGUUGUCAUGUGUUGCACAUCAGUACACUGAAUAAGUAGCCAUUUAGAACAAGAACAGUAAAAGGACAUGCAAUACAUCUCGCCGUACAGUAUCUGUAAAACUCUGUUCCCUGGUGAUAUUGCUAAUUUCCACAGCUGUGUCUGUUGAUUCAUAGUCUGCUGUUUGUCAUAGGAGGUAAUCCUGCCUCUGUAUGAAUCUGUGCCAACUGAUUGUAUUAUAUUUUCAGUUUCAUUGUAUGUCAAAUUAUCUGUCAUCCAGUAGUCAUUACACACUUUUUUGGAUAUGUUACAUAAACUUUCUAGUCUUCCAAAUUUUCAGCAGUAAAA